GUGAAGAGCGGCUUUCUGUCCUCGUUAGCGGAUCUGCGGCUUUAUUCUCUGGGUUUUAGCGCAGUUUGUUGAGUGUGUUUGAGGCCGGCGUGAGUUUCAGUGACGCCAUGAUGUUAUUUUUACCCGAUGAGCUCACGAGCGCCGAGCUCACUCACACUUCACCAGCGGCGAGUGACUAGCUUUAACUAGCCUAACUACCCACCCGCCCAUCUCUACCGGGGUUACCACUCGUCUGGUCAUCUUUAUCUGUGGAUUUACUGUAAAAUGAGACGGACUGAAACUUUCAUGCAGGAGAUCUUCAUGAUGGAGCUCAGCGGUGAGGAGACGCAGCUGUCGCCCGUCUGUGGACCCCUGUGAUGGUGUGAAAGAAACUCCCAUCAGCCACUGCGCCCCACACACACAUAAGCUGCGUGUAAGUGCGUUUUUCCUCUGGAGUUUCCUCUGGCUUUUUCUCACACGUUUUUACAUCAUCCGCUGCUACAAUGGGGCCGUUGAUCUCCUGAGGGCCCGCCGGCAGCGUCAUUGAGAUACAGAGACUGUUAGCGCAGAGACGGACUGAGGGAUUGUGGGUAUGUGUGAGCGUGCGGCGCGGCCCAUCGAGGCCGAGGGUCUGGUGGCUCUGCUGGAGGGCGGCUUGGACCGCGUGCUGCUGAUCGACAGCCGACCGUUCGUGGAGUAUAACGCGUGUCACAUCCUGGAGGCCGUGAACGUCAACUGCUCCAAACUGAUGAAGAGGAGAUUACAGCAGGACAAGAUCCAGAUCAGUGAACUCCUGCAGCACUCGGCCAAGAGGAAGCUGGAGCUCCAGGGUCAAGAGGUCGUGGUGUAUGACCAGAGCUCGUCUGACCCCGCCUCCCUCUCAUCAGAGGCCUUUCUCAGCGUCCUAUUGGCCAAGCUGGAGAAGAGUUUCCCUUCAGUCCACCUGCUCUCAGGUGGUUUUGUGGCGUUCUCGCAGCUCUUCCCGGGUCUGUGUGAAGGGAAGUCCACGCUGGUGCCGUCCUGCAUCUCUCAGCCCUGUCUCUCCGUCAGCAGCAGCGGGCCGACGCGGAUCCUGACACACCUGUACCUGGGCUGCCAGAGAGACGUGCUCAACCAGGAGCUCAUGCAGCAGAACGACAUCGCUUACGUGCUCAACGCUAGCAACACCUGCCCCAAACCAGACUUCAUCCCCGACUCACAUUUCUUGCGCGUUCCUGUCAACGACAGCUUCUGCGAGAAGAUCCUGCCCUGGCUGGACCGAUCCGUGGAGUUCAUAGAGAAAGCCAAGGCCAGUAACGCCAGAGUCCUGGUCCACUGUCUGGCGGGAAUCUCUCGCUCGGCCACCAUCGCCAUCGCCUACAUCAUGAAGAGGAUGGACAUGUCGUUAGAUGAAGCGUACAGGUUCGUGAAGGAGAAGCGUCCGACCAUCUCGCCCAACUUCAACUUCCUAGGUCAGCUGCUGGACUUCGAGAAGAAACUAAAAAGCACGAGCGCCGCGCCGCUCAAACCCCGACCGCCGGCAGACGAGCAGAAGCCGGAGCCGCUGACGAUGCCCUGCGUUCUGGCCGGCGUCCCCGAGGAGCAUCUUCUGGCCCGGGCGCUCUGCGGCCUUCAGCUCGGCGAGGAGCCGCAGGAGAACGUCCGGCCCAAACGGUCCUUCUCCCUGGACAUCAAGUCGUACGGCGAGUCCGGAGCGUCUCUGCGAGCGUUUCCCGUCGGUGAGCCCUGCCAGUUCUCGCCGGUGCAGGAGGUUUCGGAGCAAAGUCCGGCUGAAGAUAAUAAUAAGACGCUCCAGCGCAGCGGCAGCAUGGAUGGAGCUCCGUCUAAAACAGCUAAAGCACUUAAAGGCUGGCACUCAGACAUCGUCCUCGGACCCGUAACCGGAGGCUGGUUCCUCUCCUCCGAGUCGGCGCGCUUUUACGGCUGCGCUCAGGGUCUGGAGGCGGUGAGGAGGCGCGGGCGACAGCGCAGCGGAGACGGAGGAGACUCUCGCAGGAGCUGGCACGAGGAGAGCAGCUUCGAGAAGCAGCUGAAGCGCAGGAGCUGCCAGAUAGACGGCAUGACGGACAGCCGGUCCCGAGAGGAGAUGGGCACGAGGAGCAGCCAGUCCAGCUUCUCCGGCAGCUUGGAAAUCAUCGAGGUCUCCUGAGGGCUCCACACGCAGUCAUUUAUUUCUUUGCUUUGUUCUCAUUCAGAUUUGAACUCCGCACAGACACAUGCAUGAAGGUGGAGAGUCUCACAAUUCAAAUUAAGGCAAGACACUACAGAUAAACAGGGCAGACCUUAACCCCAUAAGUGGCCCAUUUUUGAACAAUAAAAAUAACUAGUUAACCCUAAUAUACAGUCAAACCAAAAUUUAUUCAGAC